UUAGUACGUGCAGUACGCCGGCAACCGUCAUAGCGAGCGGACUCUACAUGAAAUUUUUGGAGUUAAGUUUGCUUUUAUAAAAGAGAAAAAUUCACAGUGAAUUGUUAUAGAUUCAUUUCUGAAAAACGUGAUUAAAAUUUAAUGCAUUAAAAAUAAAGGGAAUUAAUAAUUUUAAGAAAUUGUUUCAUCUUUGAUUCUUUUACUGUCAUCAAUAAAUAAAACAGUUCAAUAUAGAAAGAGAGAGAGAAAGAAAAUCCCUUUUCGAUUAGCUCACCUGAAUGCUAACCUUUUGGCCGGAGACUUACUACGUAAAUUAGAAAUUUCAAACGUGCCUCGUUACCAACUACAAAUAAUCUUUUUAAGGAUGCAACAGAAUAGCAAUUUGGAUGAUGUAUACAAAGAUGUGGUAGUUAUUGGAAAUGGACCAAGUGGCAUUUGUUUGUCGUACAUGCUUGCUGGAAAUUGGCCCUAUUACAAUGGAAAUCCACAUCCUGGAGAUGACAUGCUGACUGCACGAUUGCAAUACAAUGUAGGAACACAAACCGCUUGUAGAUUAGAUAACAGUGAUUUGGAGGAUAAUGACCUUGACUUCAGAAAACAGGAGAAAAAUCUUGUAGAAAAUAAUCCAGAGAAUUUAAAAAAUCUUUCUCUGGGUUUAGAAGGUAGAGGCAGUAGACCCCUUGCAAGGCUCAUGGACCAAUUGCAACAUCCUUGUACAGAUGCAGGUAUGGAUUUUCCAUCCCUCCUUACUUGGAAGUCACCGAAAAUGUGUCCCGAACACAAAAUCGUUGAUCAUGUUGUUUUAGGCAAAGGACCUCCAGGAGGAGCAUGGCAUUCCUUAGAUCCAAAUGUGUUGACAAUUAGUCUCAGUCGUUGGAUGUCGUUACCGGGAUUAGAUUUAAGGCAUUGGCAAAUGUUGGUGGCAGCAGAAAAGCAACGAACAAAUUUAACAAAUCAAAACAACUGUACCUGUUCGAUUUUGGAGAAAGCCUGUAAACCUGCAAAAAGAGUUUCAAUUGGCACCGUGGCUGCUUAUUAUAGGGAUUACGUUACCAGACAGGGCCUAGAAAAAUAUUUUCGUUGUGGAACUACGAUAACAUCAGUAAGGUCAAAUGAUGACGAGAAAGAUAAUGAAAAGGGAUAUAACUGGUUAGUGUACGGUUUUGAAAACCAAACUGGACGGACUUUUAAGUACAAAUGUAAAAAAGUAAUUUUAGCUACUGGAACAACUGACUCGUCAAAUCGCCUGGGGAUUCCUGGUGAAAAAACUCAUAAUGACUGGGUCACACACGAUCUUAAUGUUCUCGAAUCAAGACUCGAUCAAAUCGUCAACUCACAAGAUUCCUGCUCGAUAAUGGGUGAAUUUCAAAAGAAAAGCAAACAUUCCGUGGAUCCAAUUUUAGUAGUUGGGGCAGGUCUAAGUGCAGCUGAUGCUAUAAUGGCAGCACGCUUUCGCGGAAUUCCAGUACUUCACGCCUUUCGCGAUUCAUCCAAAGAUUGGAAUAAUGAGAAACAAACAUACGACAGGCUUAAAUGGCUUCCUAUUUCCAUUUAUCCAGAAUAUCACAAAGUUUAUGAGAUGAUGGUUGAUGGAGGAACGAAUUAUCCCCUUUACAAAGCUCUACCUGGAUUCACUCUUAUAGACGUGAACCAAACUUCCAAAGAUGAUUGCCAAUCCAAAGAGAGAAAAGUCACUCUUUGUAGUCCCGGUGGUGAACAAGUUUCCUAUCGGGUUUCGCAUGCUGCUAUUCUUAUUGGAGCUAAACCGGAUUUAUCUUAUCUUGAAAAUAAUGGUGUUGGCUUAGGAAAAUUUCGAGGUCUUCCGAUCGACAGCAAGUGGAAUCCUAUUGAAACCAAUGAUUUUACUUACGAAGUUGAUCGGGCUCCAAGAAAAGGCCUUUACGCUCUUGGUCCCCUUGUUGGGGACAAUUUUGUACGUUUUAUCUUAGGCGGUGCUUUUGCUAUUUUAGUGCACAUACACUCCUCGUGUAAAUAAAAUUACUAAUGUAUUUAUUUUUUACACACACGUUUUUUUUCCUUUUUAUUGAAAAAAAAAUCAGUGCGCUUCACAAAUCAGAAUCUUUGCUAAAAGUUUAUACAUAUAUAUAUAUCUGUCAUUUAUAAUUGUAGCUAUUAAUUUUUUCAUUUGGCAAAGGACUAUCAUUACUCAUUAACCUUAACUUAUUAUUUUAUUUAAAACCUUAUAGAAUUUCAAAAGAGAAUCACUAAUUUGUAGAUCAAAGUAUUUUAUAUCGAAGAAUUAAUUUGAAAACAAAAUAGAAUUGGUGAAUUUUCUCCGCCGAUUGAACAUAAUUGUAAAAAAAAAUAUAACCGAUAAAGUCAUAUCGGAUUAAGAAUUUUGUAAAUACUCUUAAUUUUAUUUUUCUACAUUGUUAAUUUUUGCGACAAUACCACAUUAUUACGCAAGAAUUAACUUAAGAUAAAAAAGUGUGUUUGAAAUUUUUGCUAUGCAAAGUAAUUCUAUAUUUAUAAUUGAAAUGAAUCAUGAAAAUUGCAAUUUUCAAUUGGUAAAUUAUUUCUUUAUAAAUUUCGUAUGUUUUUUAAUAUAAAAAAAAGAUUUUUUUAUUACAAUAAAAUUCACGAUUGAUGAAUGCUAGAUGUCAGAAUGACAAUUGGAAAAUUUUUAAAAUUCACAAUGAUUCAUUUCUAUAGUUUCAAAAACAAAAUUCUUUUUUAAAAUCAAAUUAUAAAAUUUGUCUUUAUGUAUACCUAAAAUUGUUCCAAUUACAAAUAUUCCAAUUGCCUCAAAAUGAAAAAGACUGAAAUUACGCUGAACCUAAAUUUGCGUAGACUAAUAUUUUAAAUAAAAAAAAAAUGAAUUUUUUAUUAUACGUCUCAUUUUAACUAAAAGUACAAACACUUUUUACCAGUAGGAAUUUAUAUAUUGAAACGAUCAAAUUUAUUUACUGCUAAAACUGAAAACAAUAUAUUUUUUUUGUAAAAAUAACUUUUCAUUUUUUAUGAACAUUUUUACUAACGAGAACUUUUGUUUUUUCAUAGUUUUCAGUGGAUUUUGCCAUUAAAGUAAUCUACUUUUAUUUUAAAAAAAUUAUAAGUUACUAAAAUAUAAUUUUUUAUUGCGUAUAAACUUUUUUCAUUUUCAGGCUUUUUAAUAAUGCUUUUAGAAUAGAACAUAGACUGUGAUAAGAGGAGUGACUUUGUGAAUAUUUGGAAUAUAUGAUAUUGAAACAAUAAAUCAGAUACCUUGGAAAUUAUAUUGUUACGAUCAAUAAACUAUUUAAAUUGUUGCAA